GUCGUGUCAUUAUAUGACAUGGCAGUUGUGGUGAAAAUUCAGAAGUUGCUCCGGAUUAUUUGCUAAAUAAAUAACUAGAUUUCGCAUUCCAAGCCACAAAUUCGUGAUUUUGACGAGGGCAGGAUCCACUCACGAUCAUUGGAGAUUUUCCAGAAUAUUCAUUCUUUCCAGGAUUCCUUAAGGAUGGACAGCAAGGUCUCAAAUUUUCAUCAGGUGUUUUGUGUCUCACAGACUUUAUGGAUACCGGAGAAGAUGGAGGAGCAAGGCAACAAUUUCUAGGAGCUUCUCCAGCUCCAAAGCUGCCUCGAUUUUCAGGACUGUUUUCUUCUCCUUUAAAGAGGAAAGGCUUCUUGUUGUGGGGAAUUUGAAACUGUGUGACAAUUUUUCUCCCGAAGCAAGAAACUCUUAAAAAUACUGUCACUUCGCCAACUGCCUGUCCAGUUGCUGUUGUGAUUUUGUGAACUCGCGAUAAAACGUGAAUAGACGAAAAUGGGAGAAGAUAAGUUUAAAGACAAAGCACCCACGGAGUUGGAUACAUUCCUUCCCCAGGAUGGAUCACACAUGAAGGAUGGAGCCUUAACAGCAAAGUACAAAGUCCAGGUUCUUCCGCGUGAUCUUGAAAAUGGGCACGAUGGAAAGGCUUUCGAUCCUUUUUUGGAACGAAAAGUGGACAAUCCAACGACAGAUUGUGAUACGCUAACACAUUUGUUAAAAGCAUCUCUGGGUACUGGAAUCCUUUCGAUGCCACUUGCUUUUAAAAGUUCUGGGCUGAUUAUCGGAAUCUUCGCAACGAUUCUCGUAGCUUUUGUAUGCACCCACUGUGCAUAUGUGCUUGUAAAAUGUGCGCACGUUUUGUACCAUAAAACGAAAAGAACCCAAAUGGGGUUUGGAGAUGUAGCUGAAGUGGCUUUUGCUACUGGGCCCAAGUGGGGAAGGAAAUUUGCUAAAUUUUCUAGGUAUCUCAUUGAAAUAAGCUUGUUCGUCACAUACUUCGGUACCUGCAGCGUAUACGCAGUGAUAGUUGCACGCAAUUACGCACAAGUCAUCGAGUUUUAUGUUGGGUAUGAACCAAACAUACGACUUGUUAUAUCUGCUUUACUCCUGCCUAUGAUUCUAUUAAGUUGGGUUCCCGAUUUAAAGUAUCUCGCACCGGUCUCCAUGGUGGCAAAUGUGUUCAUGGGAACGGGAUUGGGAAUUACAUUCUACUACCUAGUUACCAACCUACACCCACUUAGUGAUGUUCAAAUGUUUGGAUCUCUCAGCGACUUUCCAGUCUUCUUCAGCAUUACCAUUUUUGCUAUGGAAGCUAUUGGUGUGGUAAUGCCCCUCGAAAACAGUAUGAAAACCCCGCAACACUUCAUAGGUUUUUGCGGAGUACUCAACAAAGGAAUGUCAGGAGUUACGAUGAUAUAUAUUUUUUUGGGAUUUUUGGGCUACGUCGCGUACCCUACUAAUACGGCGGAUUCUAUCACGUUGAAUUUACCAAAAGGAGAAAUAGCUGCGCAGGCCGUUAAAAUACUAGUUGGAACUGCUGUUUUCUGCACGUUUGGCCUUCAGUUUUAUGUAUGUCUGGACAUCGGUUGGAAUGCUAUUAAGGACCGUUUCCAGAAAAGACCACUUCUUGCCAAUUAUAUCAUGAGAACGGUUCUUGUCACUGGCGCAGUGUUGCUGGCCGUUGCUGUGCCAUCCAUUGGACCAUUCAUAGCACUGUUAGGAGCAUUUUGUUUCUCGAUUCUGGGACUUCUGGUUCCCGUUUUCGUUGAAACCGUUACCUACUGGGACAUUGGAUUUGGUAAAGGAAAUUGGGUAGCCAUGAAAAAUGUAGUAAUUACGAUUAUAGGUCUUCUGGCUUUAGUGUUUGGAUCUCGCAGUUCCUUGAUAGACAUAGUGAAAGAACUUUCUGUUAAAAGUGGCAAUAGUCCUAUCCUGAAUGCAACAAUGGCAAGUGUUCUUAAUGCAACGACAGAAAAUAGUUUGCUUACAACUCUUGGCAAUUAAAUCAUAGCGUUAGCACUUCAAGUGGCUAUAUUUAACUCCUAGCUGUCUCGAGUCUGUGACUGACCUCAAGACUACAUUCAUGAGCUGUAGAAUUUCUAAACACAAAAUAAAUUUUUUGCACAA